UGUCGCAUUAUAUAUCACUUUGGUAUCUUAUCUCAUCUCCCCUGGAUUGUCAACUUGUGUGAUUGGCUGCUCCUGCACAGAUGAUAACUUGGGAAGGUCUUUACUAUGUAUGGAAACCUCCAUGGGACAAGUCCCAGAGGAUAUUCCACAUGAUUUCACUAAAAUCCGAAUUGAAAACUGCCACCUGACUGAGUUACCACAAGGAUCUUUCUCCAAAGUUAGUCCCUUGGAGUUCCUUUGGCUGAAUUUCAAUGAGAUCACCCUGAUGAACAUUAAAAGCCUGGAGGGGCUCUCCAGACUGACUGAGCUGAGGCUACAAGGGAACAAGCUGACUUCAAUUCCAUGGACAGCCUUUCAGGACACACCGAAACUCAAGAUUUUAGACCUGAAGCACAAUCAACUGGAUGUCCUACCUGAACAGGCCCUGAGACACUUACCCACCCUAACCUACUUAGAUUUAUCCUUCAAUCAUCUUAGUGUCAUAUCCAAAGAUGUCUUCAUGAAUUGGCCUCUUUACCAAACUGCAGAGAAAGCAUGGGGGAAAGAAGGGCUGGUUUCCAAUGUGGUUUUGGCGCUACAUGACAACCCCUGGUUGUGCGAUUGUCGCCUCAAAGGCUUUGUUGAAUUCAUCAGGACAGUCGGCCCUCCCAUCAUUCUGAUGAACUCUUAUUUGAUGUGCUCGGGGCCCAUCUCCAAAGCAGACAAGUUUUUCCACGAGAUCCAGUUGAAAACAUGCAUGAAGCCAGUGGCUUCUGCCCCAGAGACUAACAUCACUUUACCUCUCGGCGCAAAUGCAACACUUGCAUGCUUAGUCAAGGCUAGGCCGGGCCCGACCAUUCAGUGGAUAUACAGUCUGAAGAUUAUAAGAGGAUUUGCUGUUUCAGAGACUCACAUAGACUCAGAGACUGUCACCUCCCAGCUGGUGAUUCCCUCUCUUCACCUGGCAGACCGAGGACUCUACACCUGCAUGGCCAACAACUUCAUUGGCAACUCCUCUGUUGGCAUAAUGGUUGACAUCAGCUCUUCCAACACCUCUGCUCCUCUCCCUCCUCCUGUCCCCGUGUUGUCGUCUGAAGAGAAUGCCUACAUUGACAUCCGCAUCGCCAAGCAAACAGUUUAUGGUAUCACCCUUGAGUGGUAUGCAGUGACAGACAACCCUGCAGAGACAUGGUUCACCAUCCACUUUGGCAAAUAUGAUUCACCUAAAAAGGACACGAUCUACAUUGGCCCCGGCAUUCACAGCUACUCAGUGAGUGACCUGCUUCCUGUCACCAAAUACGAGGUGUGUGUGACCCUGAAGAACCAUCCGCCGAGGGAAGGCCAGUGCAUCGUGUUUGUGACAGGAAGUGACAUCAGUGAGCUGGAGCAAAGAGAGAGGCUCAUCCACAUUAUAGUCAUUGUGUGCGCCAUGGUGCUGGCAGUGCCGGCCGGCAUGUUUGCCUGCACCACAGAGGCCAGGUUCAGCUGUGUGGAGCGCUGUGUGGAUCUGUGGAAGAAGCACAGGCUGCACAGAGAGAACCUACAGGGGACGGAGAGGCAGGGCACCUUUGACAGCCUGCAGGCAACCAGCGACGAAGGCCUGUGCAAGGACUCAGAGGAAAAGCCAAAAAAGAAGGGGAAGUCUGAGGACAGGCCCAAAGGAGGGAGUGCAGCUCAUAUGUACUAGAAUCAAAGUCAAGAACUGUACAUAUAGUAUAUAUACCUCUGAGUGUAUCCUCAAUUUGUGCCUCUCAUGUCUUAGUAUUACAUUUUUAAUCGUAGUGUUACACAUCAGAUUUUCUGAAAAUGAAACACCUAGCAAUUUUUAAAAAACUCAAAAGACAGUUUGACAAAAUUUGGUGCUAUUUCCUUGAACCCUCAAAGACUCUUCUCCCCAUCUGAAUGAAUAUUAGUAUUUUAUUUUGUUCGGGGGAAAAAAAUAGAAACAUCAAUAAGGAAAAAUAUAGUUGAUAGUGAAUUCUUCAAAUUUGGGUCAAGUUGUACAAAUUGAGCAAGAACAUAUGUCAUUUCCAGCUAUCAUCACAUUAGGAAACAGUCGCUGGGGAAACAGAUAGAGAAUCUUCUUUUUUCUUUCAGUGAAGCAAACAGAGUAUUGUUUCAUCCAGAUGGUGAUAAGAACCUCUGAUACUGGAAAUAGCUUGAGAACGGCGGUAAGUUUUAUUAAAUGAUCUACUAGGUUUUAUCAAAGACAGUCUGUUAUUUAUCUUUCAGAAAACUGAAUGCUUACUGUAGCUCUGUGACUUGAAUGUAAUGGUAAUACGUGAGAGGCACAAACUGGAGUAUAUAUUGAGUAUAUAGUCACCCUGUAAAUAUAAAUUUCAAGCUAUCAGCUCAAAAUGGAGAUGCCUUUCUUCCGUAUUAUAGGGAGAGUUUGCUACUAUUUGUGUUAAUGUACUUGUACAGAGGGUUUGUGCUAAAAUGCAUUUGAUAUUUCUUUGAGUCACUUUUUUUCUUAAUGUUUGAUACUGAAUACAAAGACAUGUACUCAUAAAUUUAAAAAAUGUAAAUAAUCAACACUGUAUGUAUUUCUUUAUUGUUAGCUUCACCGAGCUAAAUUGUAAUAGAGUGGAUUGUGUGUGGGUUUAUGCUCCAGCACAUUUAUUUAUUUUUUUUAAAAAAAGCAGCUCUUUUUUUCUAUUGUUUCUUUUUACAGACUCCAGAUUUUCUGUCUUGUAAUGGAAUGAAAUGAUGGUUUAUGUGGAUUAAAGAGAAUUCA